GGCUCGUGCAGGAGGGCAGUUGGAGGACUUGGCACAGACGGCUGUUUAUGUCCAAAUAUUAACUUUUUAGAUCCACGAUGUACUUGGACGGAUACAGCUAAACAAGCCAAACAGCAGCAUCGCUUUCCGUUGAAAUCUUACAAGUGAAGCCCCCAUCCCAGCAAGCAGGUCCCAGCAGGCAAGUCCCAGGCUGGCCUUUAGCAGAGAUGUUUGCGCGGGCUGUCCUGAGCAGAGGCAUCAGCACUCAGCGCCUCUGUAAGAAUGUGACUCUGUAUGUGAACGAGCAGGCCCCAGCUUCCUCCAGAGCAGCCUCGGGCCCCGUGGAGGACCCUCCCCGGCCCCUGCUGGUCAUGCUGCCCUGGUUGGGAUCAAGGCCGCAAUCUGUGGAAAAGUACUGUGAUAUCUACUUCCGCACGGGCCUGGAUGUGCUUGUGGUCACCAGUGAGGUCUCUCACUUCUUGUGGCCACGCUGGGGCCUGGACCACGGCCGAAUGAUCCUGGACCUGCUACAGAGCGAGCAGUUUAUCUCACGCCCUCUGCUGGUGCACGCCUUCUCUAUCGGAGCAUACACAUUUGCCCAGCUACUGGUGCACGUGUCCAGGGACGUGCAGCAGUACGAGAACCUGACUCGAAGAAUCAAAGGCCAGGUGUAUGACAGUGUGGUGGCCGGCUCCCUGGAACACAUGGCCACAGGAGUGGGUAAGACCAUGCUUCCGCGCUUGGAGACAGUGGUCAAACAUGCCAGCCUGGCGUACUUCAGCCUGUUCAAGAACCAGACGGUGGACUACUUUAACACGAGCAUAGACACAUUCUGGAACACUCCAGUCAAAGCUCCCGCCUUGUUCUUCUACUGUAAGAAUGACGCUCUGAGUGACUGGGAGACCGUGGACAACAUUAUGGACCACUGGACAAAGAGAGGCAUCACUGUCUCUGGGAAGAGAUGGGAGGAGUCUACACAUGCUGGACACCUCAAGAGAUAUCCACAAGAAUAUCUUAGCACGAUCAACACUUUCCUGCACUCUUUAGACGUGGGGCAUUUACCGUCCAAACUGUAGUGAUGUCACAAAUGUAAUAAGCCACUUUACAAGUUACUCAAAAUUAGGUUGGGCAAUUUGUGUUUUAAUAAUCGACAAUUAAUGGACUGAGUCAGAUAACAGGUAAACUACAGGUUAUACAACUGGAUUCAUGAAAAAUAUAAGUCAGUUGGAGGAAUUCAAGUAUCUUGGGGUCUUGUUCACACACAAAAAAAAACAAUACUUGAUUUUAUAUGAAGGUAAAUGUUGGAAAUUUUCUUUAUACUUAUGGUAAUGGAAGGAUAUGAAUGAACAGAAAAUCUAAUAUAAACUUCUCUCCUGUUUGAAAGAACAGCAGUCACUACUGAUGAUACUGACUCAAUAAAAUGGUCUAAAAUCAUCCAAAAUGUGCAAUUAAUUGUACAUUAAUUAGAGCUAACAUACAUGACCAUUCAUACUGACAGUGGCUGCCUCUUUUCUUCAUCACUCGAGGAAAAACUAAAACUAAAACACAACUCUGCCCACACCAGUCCGUAGUUCGAGUGCAUAGCUCUUACAAAUUGUGAGUGCCGGCAAUACGUUUGACCCUUUGUCCAUUAAUUAGCUGAAGGACUUAUAAAUUACACAGCGUGCCUUAAUAAUUUGCCAUAUUCUCCAGGGUACAUCAACACUGAUUGUUUGCUAAAGUUGAAGUUGUUAGUGUUUACUGUAUUUUUUUUCCCAUAGUGUACUAAAAUGUAAACAUGAAAGUGCAUUGU